GGGAGGCUCUGGGAAGCGCUAGGAUGGUUUUCCAAUCUAAAGCACGUGAAAGAAGCGCAUGCCUCUAAAUCCAGACUCGUCCCAUGCGGAGAGAGGGGAAGUGGUCGGUAUUUCCACUCUUGCAUCAUUCAACCGAUGACGUAGCUCGUUGGCUCCGAGUGGCGGCUUGGACAUAAAUUGCUGGGAAACCGGCAACACCUCGCGCCAUGUCUGAUAUCCCCAACUCCAACGAGCCUUCCGGCGAUCUGAGGCCUCAGCCCAGGUAUGUGCUCUCAGUGCUCACGCUGAGAAAGGCAACUGGACACCAGCUGACAUUCGCGCAGCAAGGCCUGGGGCCAAUUCCACUCGGUCAAGGGCACACUCAUCGAGAUGGUGAUCGGGUCUCUUUCCCUGCUUCCCGCGUUCCAGUGACUUAUACGCGGUCUCAGAUCGGGCACAUGAUGGGCGCGACAUCGUGGCAGGAGUCUGGGCGUGAGGAACAUCUGCGCGAAGAGGGGGAGGUCCAAGCAGCGGAGGCCGAGGCGUACGUGCAGGGUGCGGUCGACAGGGUGCAGGGAAAGGUCGACGCUGUUGUUGGUGCGAUCACCGGGGACCAGGCCAGACAAAUCCAUGGCAAUGCUCAGCAUGAUAUGGGCAAGGCUAAUCAGGAGGCAAACGGGCCGUUUUGAGCAGAUUGAAUAUUACAUAUACCCUGUACGCAACUUAGCUAUCGUCUAAACUAUUCCCUGGCAUGCGAGUCGCAUCGAGGCUGUCUC